AUGGGUGGAGUUCAAAUGGAACCCAGAGAGAUUGAAAAGAUAACAACAUUGUUUAAUGAUAUAUCGUCAUUGGUAAAGAAAAAUAAGAUUGUAGAUAGAGAUGGAUUCAAGAGAUUUCAUUUGAUCCCAGGUCCAUUGGCCGAUAGACUCUUCAACUUGUUCGAUGUCAAAAAGACUGGAAUGAUGACACUAGAUGAUUUCACACAAUCAUUAGCUGUCUGUGGAAAAGCACCUGAAAAAGAUAAACUAUCAUUGAUAUUCAAGUUUUUGGAUUUGGAUGAUGAUGAAGUGAUAACGAAAGAAGAGAUAACAGUAUUGUCAGUUGUUACUUUGGAGGGAAGUAGUAGUCCAAAGAUAGAAGCAAACAAUAACAAUGGUAAUGGUGGUAACGAUGAUCCAAUGGUUAGUCAGUUGAUAGAUAUGGGAUUCUCAAAGUUGAAAGCACUUCAAGCGAUAAAGGCAACCGAUAACGGAACGAAAGGUGCCACUCCAGAGCAAUCCGCUAUCGAGGUGAUCACCAAUUGGCUGUUGGUGAACCAGUCGAAAGAGGAUGAAAUCGAUAUCGACGAAUCGCCGGUGAUUGCAGCGGUCGCUACACCUUCGCCACGCGCACAAUCGGAGAAGCCCGACCCAAAGACACUCGAUGAACUGACAGCGGGAUUGGCCAUCUCAACGAUACUCGGUACAUUCGAAGCACUCUUUGCAACCAUCGACAAGGAGAACACCGGCAAGAUAACAGUCAAACAAUUCAAAAAGUGGGCACAAUCCUCUAAACGACCACAGGAACUAGACACUCUUUUGAAACCGAUUGCCGGAUUAUUUGAUAGAGCACUCAAAUGGAAAGCAAGUGGAAUAAAGAAUUCAACUGAAACAUUGGAGAAAUCAAAUUCAUUUAGUGAAGAUAAUAAUGGUGUGAAUCCAAAGGAAUUGAAGAGAUUCUCAUCGUUGGCGGUGAUGGAGACGACAACAAAGAAUGCAACAUUGACAAAGAAAGAUUUACAAAAAGAGAAGGAUAAAGAAUUAAAAGAGAAAGAGCUAAAGGAGAAAGAGAAGGAGAAAGAGUUAAAGAAACGUGAAAGUGUUGGAAAGUUGGAAAAGAAAGAUACUCAAUCAGAAAUUGUAAAUCAAACUACCACUACUCCAAAGAAAGACGAUACAGAAUCUGCUAGAUCAAGUACAUUCGAUUCCGAUUUCUCUGAUAGUGAUGAUGACCAACCAAUUAAACCAGUUAUACAAGUUGUUAUUAGAGAGAAACCAAUUGGAAUGCCAGAGUUAAAGAGCGAGAGUUCUUUGUUGAAUAUCGAUACGACGCCCGGUAUUGUUAAACCGGUUGGCAGUCAAACAUUGAGAGCUAGAGGAACGAGAGCAUCGAUGAGACCGGCCGUUUCAGAGGUUCACGAUAUAUUCUCUUCUUUCCAACCAUUGACACCAGUACCAAAUAGCACAAACAAAUCAAACACUUCAACUACAACAACCACCACCACAACCACAACAACAUCUGCGCCAUCACCAACAACAACCAACAGCUCUUCAGAUUCUACAACCUCAUCAGUGCAUUCCACUACACUUCCAGAGUCUGCCAAAUCGACAUCGAAACCAGGCUUGGAAGACAUGAAGCUAUGUAUUCAAUAUUUAGAGAGAGGAGAGUUCACAGAUGCUAAAAUUCAUAUCGAUAAAUGUAUUCAAGAUAUUUCACAUUCACAAAAUGGAAAGAAUAUGAAAAAUGAAAUUAUAUUUUGUAUUGGAUAUAGAGUUGCAAUUGGAUUGUUGGAAAAGAUAGAAUCGUUGGAGAGUCAGUUGGCUGAAGAGUCAAACGAGGAUGAACGAUCGUUUUUGAAUGAAAAACUCAGUUUACUCUCGAGAUUUUUGGUGGGAAUCCCGCUGCAGAGUCAACAUCGUGCGGUGUGCGCCAAGAUGGCUGUAAAGUAUAAUUUGGACGGUAAGAACUACGGUAUUGCUGCAAAGUUUUUAGAGGUGUUGCCAAUGUCCACCACCAACGACGACAACAACAAACGAGUGUUGGAGCAGCUUGCACUUUGUCGCGAGAACAAACUGGUGAAUGAAUCACUCCCGAUGUAUAUAUGCGCGCAAUGCAAAUCGACCGGCUCGCUUGGCGACGCCAGCUUGACACGCUGCUCCUGUGGUCGUCCAAUCCGUCUUUGUUUCUCGACAUUCGAGCUGAUCAAGGGUCUGAGCCAUCUCUACUGCACAUUCUGCCAGUCCACCUAUAACAUUGAACAAACCGAAGUAGACGCAUCAACCGAGUGUAAAAUAUGUCAAUUAGGAAGAGUUGAAGUUUCACAAUAA